AUGUCAUUAACAAGUCUUAUCGCAUCAUCAGCUGGAAAAGAAAUUAGUGUUGCAUAUUGUAAUGGACAAGCUUGUUCUGAAUGCCAUAAAUGUUUGGAUUGGUACUAUGGUCCUUUAAAUCACAUUGAUGGCGAUCCUGUUUUUCGCCCGUAUGCUCGUCAUCUUGGUCCCCUGGUGGGUUCUCAGGCGAACAAAAACUAA